AUGGCACCCAACAUCAUCCACUGGUUCGGCGCCUUCAUGCUGUUCGCCAGCAUGGCGCUCCUCGUCGUCGUCUCGGUCUCGGCACCCAUCUGGGACACGGUCGGCUACCUCAAGGGCAACGUCAACGGCGUGAGCACGACCUGGGGCAACUGGGGCUUGUGCACGGCCAACGGCUGCUCGUCGGCGACGCUCGGCUACUCGAGGAACUUUAUCCGCACCGCGACGGGCAGCCAGGUCGCCGGCGACCGCAUCAUGCAGGUCCUCUCCAAGACGCUCAUCCUCGCGCCCAUCGCCGCCGGCCUCACCUUCAUCGCCCUCCUGUUCGCCCUGAGCACCCACCUCGUCAUGGGCAUCCUCGCGUCGAUCGCGUCCCUCAUCGCCCUCCUCGCGACCCUCGUCUUCCUCGGCCUCGCACUCGGCUUCUUCAUCACGGCGCGCAACCGCAUCAACGACAACGUCCCCAACUCGAACCUCGGCCUGUCGAGCAUGAUCUGGCUCGUCGUCGCCGCCGCCGGCGCGCAGCUCAUCGCCGCCCUCACCGUGUGCUUCACGCGCUCGCGCCGCUCGCGCAAGGCCCGCGACCAGGAGUUCUCGACUGUCCCGGCCAUGCGCUCGACGCACCAGCAGGAGCCGGUCGUCACCGACUACUACGCAUCGUCGGGCGCGCCGACCGACGUUGGCUCGACCGGCCCGCUCGUCCAGGACAACACGUACAGCACGAGCAACCAGUACGCCGCUCCGGUCGGCGCCUACAACGAGACGUCGGCCGUCGAGCCCAUGGGCACGACCACGUCGGGCGCCAACGGCCACUGGUGGAAGCGCGCCUAA